AUGUCGUCCCAUUGCGAUCCCGAUAUUACCAUUACUCCAACAACCUCUCCUGUAGAGGAGUUCCGAAAAGUAUCUGCCACUCGAUCUCUCCCUUUACAGCAGCAUAUUGUAAAAGCGUUCAGAGGAGUACCGAAAAAACUCCAACUUCAGUGGGAUCCCUCAGAUCACAUAUAUACGAAGGCAGAAUUAGCGAAGCUUUUGCCUUUGCCCAACCUUCCUCGCGCUCUUGUGCCUCGACCCGGGAUGGAGGUUCCACCAUGUCUUCUUUACGGUCUUCCUAUAUCUCGUGAACGGAUAUUCUUGCUGGCCAAAUUGCGCGAUCCAAACAUGCAGCUUUUCGCCAAGUCUGGACUGAUCAGCAUCGAACUCAAAAGGUCAGUCACAGACUCUCUUAGAAAGGAGAUCAGCUGGCCGGUAUACUUGGACCGCGCGCUGAACACGCCGGACACGCCUUACAUCCCUUGCAUACUCGACAACUUUUCUAUCGAGGCAUGCGUGGAGUGCAAUGAGAUGCCUAAAGGUAAUCAUAUUCGCCGGAUGCGAAAAGCGCUCGGAGCACAUCCCAAGGCUCGGCUUAUGUGGUACACCGCAGCAGGAUACUAUAUAUGGCAGUGCGAAUGA